AUGAUCAGCGCACCGGCUUCGAAAGCACUGCUUGCACGCACAGCGCUUCGAAGUAUUUGCACUACCGCCUCUCACACUCGUCUCGCCUCAGCUAUUCUUGUCACCGCUUCCAACCAUGGUAUCCGUAGCUUCUCUGCCUCUGUCCUACAUCGACAAGCCGCUGUAGUCGACACACCCUCCUCCUCCUCCUCCUCUUCCUCCUCCACCACCACUCCUGAUUCCACUGCUGACAUCGAUGACGCACCUAUCGAGACCACCAAGACCGACUUUCCCGUCACAACCAUGGGUCGCAAGAAACGCAACAAGCAAACCAUCACUGGCGACGACAAAGCCAGACUCCUCUUCAAAUGGGGCUGGUUUAAACCCGAUAUGCCCUCCGCCAAGAGAUCCUCCUCCCCCAAGGGUAGUAGACGCAUAGGCAUGCAUAAAUCGAUCCUCACUCAUUACCAAGAAGCCAGAUCCUUCCGCUCCGCCCGUGCUCGACUUUGGACUCCCACUCUCGAACAAAUCCAAGCCUUCGCUAAAACUUCCAUCUCCAACCCUGCUACCUGGAUUAAGGCACAAAUCAAGGCUCGUCGCAUAUGGCUGCAGCGUUUGGAUGCAAAAGCCAAAGCACGCGCGGUAGGAAAAGCGCGAGGAAAGCAGUUCAAGCGGCGAGAAGUACAAGUCGUCAGCCAAGCGAAACUGUGGGAUCAGAUGGAUUAUGAACAACAGGUGGAUUUUGCUUUACGUCCCAUUUGGCGGGCCCUGUCGGAGCAAGAGAAAUCGGCUGCUCUUACAAGGUUGAGGUACGAAUGCAUUCGUAAACUUGGAUGGAGACAGGGAUAUUCCUCAGGCUAUCCUCGACCUGAAUCCGACUCUUCCCAUCUCCCCGCCCAACUGGGCUUGGAAGGUGAACAAGGUUGGGCAGCAUUCCGAGCCCUCCAAGCCGCCGAAGAGAAGGAGGCCUGGCAAGCAUGGCAGCUUCUCACCCCGGAGCAGAAGGUCGCCGAAGAAAAAUCAGCAUGGACACUCCGCGAUCGAUCCCAAAUCUACCUCGAUGACUCGGAUGACUCUUUCAUCCUCGCCUCUCCCGCUCCUCGCUGGUACCGCGUCCCUGAACGUGCUGGCGAAUUGACCUUUUUGCCCAACACGAUCGUCAAGUUGGUCAAAAACCACGUUCCAGAGGGCAAAGAAUACGAUCCAUUCAAAGCAACCUUUCGCGUCCCCCUGUCAAUGCAUAAACACGCACUCCGUUCCUACCUGCUUUCCAUCUACGGUCUUAAAACCACCUGGGCUCGCUCUUCCAUCUACCGAUCCCCCGUAACUCGAGAUGGCCGAACGGGUAAAGUCAUCUCUGGUAAAGGUCGCACCUAUAAAAAGGUCGAAGUUGGCUUGCUGGAACCCUUUUUAUUCCCAGAGAUCUCUCCCGAGUUCCAGAAACAACACCUUCUUACAUCCGAACUCGAUUAUGAAAGGUCGAGAGUAUACCUCAAGAUGACUAAAACCACACGAUGGAGAGGUAAAAAGUCCACGGAACAGUACGAAGAGGAGAUUGCCAACAAAGAUGCUGCCUCCUAUCACAACCUCGAUCCACUAUCCUCAGAGGGGAUCAAGGGCGAUCAGAAAGCGGAUGGAGAAAGAUUCCCAAGGUUUAUGGUGAAAACUAAGGGUUUGCCCACUGCCAAACAUGGAAAGAUCCUGCAGUUGUUGAGUCAAGAGAAGAAGAAGAAAGAGGAGAGGAUCGAAGAAAUGAUCCGCAAGUUUAAGCAAGAAGUUGCCGCUGCUAACAACAUUAGUGCAUAG